CCUAAGCUGUUCCUUUUUCUAUCAGAAUUGACAGGAAGUGACAUUUGGCAUUUAGCUCAUUGGACCAUUUUCUUUUUUCCCCCAGGACUCAGUUUUCACCCCAAAAGACCCUGGAUCCUGACCAGUUUACACAAUGGGGUCAUCCAGUUAUGGGACUAUCGGAUGUGCACCCUCAUUGACAAGUUUGAUGAACAUGAUGGUCCAGUCCGAGGCAUUGACUUCCAUAAGCAGCAGCCACUGUUUGUCUCUGGAGGAGACGACUAUAAAAUUAAGGUUUGGAAUUACAAGCUUCGGCGCUGUCUCUUCACAUUGCUGGGGCACUUAGACUACAUACGUACCACAUUUUUCCAUCAUGAAUAUCCUUGGAUUCUGAGCGCCUCAGACGAUCAGACCAUCCGAGUGUGGAACUGGCAAUCUAGAACCUGUGUCUGUGUUUUAACAGGGCACAACCAUUAUGUAAUGUGUGCUCAGUUCCACCCCUCAGAAGACCUGGUUGUAUCAGCCAGCCUCGACCAGACUGUGCGCGUUUGGGAUAUUUCUGGUCUAAGGAAAAAAAACUUGUCCCCUGGCGCAGUGGAGUCGGAUGUGAGAGGAAUUACUGGGGUUGAUCUGUUCGGAACUACGGAUGCAGUGGUGAAGCAUGUACUGGAGGGUCAUGAUCGUGGAGUAAACUGGGCCGCCUUCCACCCCACUAUGCCCCUUAUUGUAUCUGGGGCAGAUGACCGUCAGGUGAAGAUCUGGCGCAUGAAUGAAUCAAAGGCAUGGGAGGUUGAUACCUGCCGGGGCCAUUACAACAACGUGUCUUGUGCUGUCUUCCACCCUCGUCAAGAAUUGAUCCUUAGUAAUUCCGAGGACAAGAGUAUCCGAGUCUGGGACAUGUCUAAACGAACUGGAGUUCAGACCUUCCGUAGGGACCAUGAUCGUUUCUGGGUCCUAGCUGCCCACCCCAACCUUAACCUCUUUGCAGCAGGCCAUGAUGGUGGCAUGAUUGUGUUUAAACUAGAACGGGAAAGGCCAGCCUAUGCUGUUCACGGCAAUAUGCUGCAUUAUGUCAAGGACCGGUUCUUACGUCAGUUGGAUUUCAACAGCUCUAAAGAUGUAGCUGUGAUGCAGUUGCGGAGUGGUUCCAAGUUUCCAGUGUUCAAUAUGUCAUACAAUCCAGCAGAAAAUGCUGUCCUACUGUGUACAAGAGCCAGCAAUUUAGAGAAUAGUACCUAUGACCUGUACACCAUCCCCAAGGAUGCUGACUCUCAGAAUCCUGAUGCUCCUGAAGGGAAACGAUCCUCGGGCCUGACAGCUGUUUGGGUUGCUCGAAAUCGGUUUGCUGUCCUAGAUCGGAUGCACUCACUUCUCAUCAAGAAUCUAAAGAAUGAAAUCACCAAAAAAGUUCAGGUGCCCAACUGUGAUGAGAUCUUUUACGCCGGCACAGGCAACCUCCUGCUUCGAGACGCAGAGUCCAUCACACUCUUUGACGUGCAGCAGAAGCGAACUCUGGCAUCUGUGAAGAUUUCCAAGGUGAAAUAUGUUAUCUGGUCAGCAGACAUGUCCCAUGUAGCUCUACUGGCCAAACAUGCCAUUGUGAUCUGUAACCGCAAACUGGAGGCUCUGUGUAACAUUCAUGAGAACAUUCGUGUCAAGAGUGGGGCCUGGGAUGAGAGUGGGGUAUUUAUCUAUACGACAAGCAACCACAUCAAAUAUGCUGUCACCACUGGGGACUAUGGGAUCAUUCGAACCCUGGAUUUACCCAUCUAUGUCACAAGGGUGAAGGGCAACAAUGUAUAUUGCCUAGAUAGGGAGUGUCGUCCUCGUGUGCUCACCAUUGAUCCUACUGAGUUCAAGUUCAAGCUGGCCCUGAUCAACAGAAAAUAUGAUGAGGUACUGCACAUGGUAAGAAAUGCCAAACUAGUAGGCCAGUCUAUUAUUGCUUAUCUCCAGAAGAAGGGCUAUCCUGAAGUGGCACUGCAUUUUGUCAAGGACGAGAAAACUCGCUUUAGUCUGGCACUGGAGUGUGGAAACAUUGAGAUUGCUCUGGAAGCAGCCAAAGCACUGGAUGACAAGAACUGCUGGGAAAAGCUGGGAGAAGUGGCCUUGCUACAGGGGAACCACCAGAUUGUGGAAAUGUGUUAUCAGCGCACCAAAAACUUUGACAAACUUUCCUUCCUCUAUCUUAUCACUGGCAACUUAGAGAAACUUCGCAAGAUGAUGAAGAUUGCUGAGAUCCGAAAGGACAUGAGUGGCCAUUAUCAGAAUGCCCUGUACCUGGGCGAUGUGUCAGAACGGGUGCGGAUCCUGAAGAACUGUGGGCAGAAGUCACUGGCGUACCUCACAGCUGCUACCCAUGGCUUAGAUGAAGAAGCGGAGAGCCUGAAGGAGACAUUUGACCCGGAGAAGGAGACAGUGAGUGACAGAACCUUAUCACCUGCUUUUGUAAGGAUUCAGCUGCCUGCAGAGGAAGCCACAUCUCACACCUGCCUGACUAUAACCAGCUUCUGUUUGUCCUUUCCCUCUGCAGGGAAGGGAGGAGCACUGGCUGCUGACAUUGACAUUGACACUGUUGGUACUGAGGGCUGGGGAGAGGAUGCAGAGCUGCAGCUGGAUGAAGAUGGGUUUGUGGAGGCUUCAGACGGUUUGGGGGAUGACGCUCUUGGGAAGGGACAGGAAGAAGGAGGUGGCUGGGAGGUAGAAGAAGAUCUGGAGCUCCCGCCUGAGCUGGAUAUACCCCCUGCAGCUGGUGGGGCUGAGGAUGGGUUCUUUGUGCCCCCCACCAAGGGAACCAGCCCAACUCAGACCUGGUGCAAUAACUCUCAGCUUCCAGUUGAUCACAUCCUGGCAGGAUCUUUUGAAACCGCCAUGAGGCUCCUUCACGACCAGGUGGGGGUAACUCAGUUUGGCCCCUACAAGCAACUCUUCAUGCAGACAUACGCCCGAGGCCGUACCACCUAUCAGGCUCUGCCCUGCCUGCCCUCCAUGUAUGGCUACCCUAAUCGCAAUUGGAAGGAUGCAGGGCUGAAGAAUGGUGUACCAGCUGUGGGCCUGAAACUUAAUGACCUCAUCCAACGGUUGCAACUGUGCUACCAGCUCACCACAGUGGGCAAGUUCGAGGAGGCUGUGGAGAAAUUCCGUUCCAUUUUACUCAGUGUGCCGCUCCUUGUUGUGGACAAUAAACAGGAGAUUGCCGAGGCCCAACAGCUCAUCACCAUUUGCCGUGAGUACAUUGUGGGUUUGUCCAUGGAGAUAGAAAGGAAGAAGCUGCCCAAGGAGAGUCUGGACCAGCAGAAACGCACCUGUGAGAUGGCAGCCUAUUUCACCCACUCAAACCUGCAGCCUGUGCACAUGAUCCUGGUGCUGCGGACAGCCCUCAACCUCUUCUUCAAGCUCAAGAACUUUAAAACAGCUGCCACCUUUGCUCGGCGCCUGUUGGAACUUGGUCCCAAGCCAGAGGUGGCUCAACAGACCCGGAAAAUCCUGGCAGCCUGCGAGAAGAACCCCACAGAUGCCUACCAACUUAAUUAUGACAUGCACAACCCUUUCGACAUCUGUGCUGCAUCUUACCGGCCCAUCUACCGUGGGAAACCAGUGGAAAAAUGUCCGCUCAGUGGGGCCUGCUAUUCCCCUGAAUUCAAGGGUCAAAUCUGUAGAGUCACUACAGUGACAGAGGUUGGCAAAGAUGUGAUUGGUUUAAGGAUCAGUCCUCUGCAGUUUCGCUGAGGCCCCCUGUGUGUGUAUAGGGUCCAUCACCAUAUUCCCAUCAGUCUCCACCCCACCCCCAGAAGUAGUCUUUAUGUUCUAACGUGUUCCUUAACUACCUUUCAAAUUGACAUUUACCUUUCCCUGCCCUAAAACCAAGUGUUCUUUUCUCUUGUUCUAGAGCUAAUAAAUGUCUCAGCUUGACAUUUUUUAUUUUUUGCCUCUGAGGACCUUUCAUUCUCUCAAUCGUACACUUGUGGUAACAGUUGGACUUGCUUUCCCAGCUUAGCUCUUUCAAGAAACAAAUGAAAAUGCAAAGGUGAACAUUUGUUUAGUAAAUUCCUUCAAUGUUAAUCCUUUUCUUCCCUACUACCUUUGUAUCCUUCUUGUUAGAAAGGAAUGAGAUGUAAUAAAUAAGAAUGCAUUUUUCACUCCAUCACAGCAAACUAAACCAUCCUGCAUUUUAAACUUCCAGGCAGGUACCCUCUCUGUGCCCAGAAAGUUAAAGUCUGAAAAGAAACUGUCUGGUUUUCCAAAAAUGCAUGUCACUUUUUAUUGAUUUUUUAUAAUCAUUGUUCUUAUUUGUUGUUUCUCACACUAAAUAAAGUAAAUUACUGCG